CUCCUUUAGACCGUUCUGCAUAGCGUUCGCUCUCCUCUUGUAAUCGCUGAUAACGUUAGCGGCUACAACACACUGCCACAUAGGACACAUAGUCGUGAAUGAACUUUUCAGUGGGUAUACAAGCCUAGAAGGCACAUUGCCACUGUCCCCGGGCAGAGACACCCUAAACGAGACAUUAGAAUAACUUAAGUUGUUAUUUGAGCUUGUUAUUUACUUGUAAACCAACUUGAAGUCACGCUCUGUAAUGUUUUGUAAGCAGUCAUUGUCAAACUCUUAAAAAAGAUCGGUCUGGAAGGUGUUAGCUAGCGCGUAGAGUGAAUUUUGCAGGAGACAGUUUACAGUGUAGCACUGCCGCCGUUCACUUAUUAUUAAGAUAUUUGUAUUGUAUAAUUGAACAAGAGAUUGUAUUUGAAAGUUGGUGGGUUCCAUUAUUCCACGCUGAAUGGAGCAAAGUGCUCCUUUUGCCUUUUGAUUUAGCGUUCUCCAGCGCAGCUGUCUCAGGAGACAGAUUUAAACAAGAUUCAUCAAAAAUGAAGCAGCAGAGGCCAAAUGUCCGGAAUUGUAGUACAUAGUCUAGCUCCAAAAAUACUGGAUCCUACAUUUCCCAUAGUGCAAUUUAAUGCAUCUUUCAUUCGACCGUUUUCUGCCAGGAUCCACUCCAGAGGAUGAAGCACAUGAAGUCACAGACAGCAUCACCUUCAUGGUACCCAAGAAAGAAAUCAGCAUGGUGCCCGACAUGGGCAAGUGGAAGCGAUCUCAAGCGUAUGCUGACUACAUGGGCUUCGUUCUGACACUGAAUGAAGGUGUGAAGGGAAAGAAGCUCUCAAGUGAAUAUAAAGUUUCAGAGACAGUGGAGAAGUUAGUAGAUCUUUUGGGGACUCUGGACCGCUGGAUAGACGAGACCCCUCCUGUUGACCAGCCAUCACGCUUUGGUAAUAAGGCCUACAGAACCUGGUUCGCCAAACUAGACCAGGAUGCAGAGGCAUUGGUGGCAGCUGUGCUCCCGGCUGACAGAUGUGCUGCAGCCCCAGAGAUAGCUGUCUAUCUGAAAGAGUCAGUGGGGAACGCCACCAGGAUAGACUAUGGAACAGGUCAUGAAGCUGCCUUCGCUGCGUUCCUCUGCUGCCUCUGUAAGGUUGGAGCUCUCAGGGUGGAUGAUCAGCUGGCUAUCGUUUUCAUGGUGUUUAACAGGUAUCUGGAAGUGAUGCGCAAGCUGCAAAAGACCUACAGAAUGGAGCCAGCUGGGAGCCAAGGUGUGUGGGGACUAGAUGACUUCCAGUUUCUGCCCUUCAUUUGGGGAAGCUCUCAGUUUGUAGAUAACCCGACACUGGAGCCCCGGCACUUCAUCGAUGAGAGGGUGGUGAACGAGCACCACCACGACUUCAUGUUCCUGGAGUGCAUCAAGUUCAUAAAUGAGAUGAAGACCGGUCCGUUUGCCGAACACUCCAACCAGCUGUGGAACAUCAGCGCCGUUCCUACCUGGUCCAAAGUCAACCAGGGCCUGAUCAGAAUGUACAAGGCCGAGUGUAUGGAGAAGUUCCCUGUGAUCCAGCACUUCAAAUUUGGUAGCCUGCUGCCCAUCCAGCCAGGGAAGCCUUGACGCUCAGGCUACGCACACAAUGGAAAGACCAAAAUCCCAACAGUUUUCCCUUCCUCGGCAUCUUCACGUGCAAAGAAAACAGUAGCAAAAAUCAACCACAUGUAGUUUGACACACAGACUCCCACAUGUGCACGAAAGUGGUCAUGAAAGCUUGUAGGCCAUCCAUAACUUUAAUGCAGAGCAUGUUGUGGAUGACCUUUGUGAUUUUGGAACAUCUUUAUAUAUUUUUUUUCAUUUUAUUUAUGUAAUGGAUAGAGUUUGAAUCAGGCUCCUUUUUGAGGGAUGGAGGGAUUCUUGUUAUUUUUUUUAGAAGACUACUCAUUGAUGUUUGAAUUUUUUCUCAACAGUGUGGCUCAUCGUGAGCAGAGUCUUUGUGUGACUUCUUCAAAAUUCUUUGAGAUAUUUUCUUGGUUUUGCUUUUAAGGCCAAAGGUUUUAAUUUUAUUGCAAAUGUACUAACAUUUUGAUUGCCCAGUUCAUCUCACCAUGUAAGUCACAUUAAUAAUUUGCUAAGAAAUAUUUGUGUUUGAGUGAUUGUUUCUUUUUUCCUAAACAAAAUAACUUGAAAGUUCAGUGUCUUGCUCAGAGGGAAAAGGUAAAGGAUUAGGUUUUCAAAGCUUCUGUAACAGCUCAUCCAAAUAGUCUACAGAGUUUAGUCAGUUAUGGGGGCAAUCUUUGUCCCUUACAAGUCACUGUCAACCCAGGGAAAACAUUGUACUUUUUAACCCAGGCCUUCAAAUGAGUUAAAUUCUGCAUGGGAUCAAAGUGGCACAUUUUAAAGAACAUUGCUUUUUUAAAAAUGUAAUAGCAGUUAUUACAUUGACCUUUCAAACCUGAUUUAAUAAAUUUCUCAUCUUUUAUCUGGU